AUGCUUGGCAAAAGCAGACCGUUGAAUGAUCAUGAUUGGGUAUCGCUCGCGGAUCUAUUGAAACGAUGCUCUGCUCUGUCGGACCUACUCUUCGAGCUCAGAGACCAACUUCCGCCUUGUGUGCUUCACGCGUUACACGAAUACCACCCUCGCUGCCGCGUACACAUGAGAGCUUUCAAUGUCAGAAGUCUGUUGACGUCCGAGCCAGAUAUGCAUGAACUAGCCAUUGCAUCUUCGCCAUGCUUGCACAGCAUCUGGUUCUCGUACAUGAUACAGGAGGAAGAUGCCUACGCUAGUCGAUCUCAACGAGUCAUUCAGCAGGUGAUUGCGGAUUUAGCACCAAACGUUGAAGAUCCUGAGAGGCUCCCACAUCAUUACCGCACUCGCAAAAACUUUCGUCGCGAGUCUACCACCACUCUCGGAGCUUACUAUCAAGUACAGAUGCUACCGCAGACAGACAAGCUCAUGCCCGAUGAAGCAGCUCAUAUGCUCAAAGAGAUGAAAGAUCAGUGCCCACUACUUACAGAUCUUGCAAUAACUAUCGUGAAAGAUCAAGGUAGCCGCGCCGAGGUGGCUGUAUACAAGGCUCUCACUGCGUUCCCGUGCCUUCGCAACCUUACGAUAGGGUUUCGGACCAGAUACUACCUCUUGGAGCGGGAGCAGGGUCGAAUGCCACCCUACGACCGCUUCGAUUCAAAGCGCUCGGGUCGUUAUGGUGAUAUGAGGAGAACCUUUAUCGACUCAGCCAUUGACGAGGGCUUUGCAAAUGCCGUGUUUCAUCUCGUAUCGCCCCCUGACCGUCUUCGCCGUCUAGAUGAGCUCAGAUUGCUAAGCGAACCGAGAUACCCCGAUCCUCCCAAGAUGCAGAUAUACGAUGUCUUCAAGUGGAUAUGUCGGUCUUGGAGCGUAAAGCUUGGAGUCCGAGAUGAUAGACCCAAUGAGAUGUUUGAUGACUGGUACGGUUUCUUGGAUCUUGACGACGCCGAUGUCGAGAUGAUCAGAAAGAGUGGUUGGAAGAUCGGUUCUGAGUAG